UUUCUCCCCCCCCCCCCCUCUCCCUCGCACGCUUCGUCUCCCCGUCCGUCCUGCCGAGCUUCACCCUCCCCCCUGGUCCCCUUUGCCUCGCUCCGAUCCCCGGUCCCCUCCCCACCGGCGCUGAGAGAUGUCCCGCUCAUCCAUACAGCUCAUCCAGCAGCAGCUGGGCCAGGCGUUCGACCUCGACAGCGAGGGCAUGCACGAUGAGGCCUAUCUGUCGUACCUCGACUGCCUGGUUCUCCUCUCCGAGGGUCUGAAGGACGUCAUCCCGACCAUCCUCGACGACGGGACGAUUGCCGACGUGCAGCCCAUGAAAUCCCAGCGCAUCGAUCAGCUCUUCUUCUUCGCGCGCGGGUGCAUCGAGCGGGCCCAUGAGAUUGCCAUCGAGCGCGGUUCCACCUCUGGCGACAGCUUCACCUCGCCCUCCAAGCCUCGGAUUGGAUCCCGGACGGAGCAGCAUCCGGCGGCCGUGUCGGUCCCGGCGGCCGCGCCGGCUCCGGUGGCCGCGCCGGCUCCGGUGACCGCGCCGGCUCCGGCCACCGGCCCGCAGGGGCACCUGCUCCCCGGGCAGACAAUCUACGAUGCCCUGCUGCCGGCGGUUCCCGGCACGACCGACACCACGGAGGCCGGGCACGCCCGAGCCAAUGCCCUGCUGGCGGCGGCGUCCGAGCACCGGCGCCUGGAGCAAUAUGCCCGCCAGCAGUCGGCGGCCCUGUCCAAGUGGGUAGCGCCCUCGGAUGACAUCUUCAGCACCCAGGCCAUCGCCCUGCGCAAUCAGCUGGCCACCGAGACAAGCUCCUUCAGCGCGGCCGUGCAGCGGGAGCUCACGUCCCUGCCCACGAGCGCGCUGCUUCGCUUCAAGUCCAUGAAUGUGGGCCAGCUGCAGGUGGCUCGAGAUCGGCUGCGCGAGUAUGAGCGCAAGACCGAGGGCCCCGGGUCCACGAAUAUGCUCUCGCCUCAGGCCCAUCUGCAGAAUACGCGCCGACUGCUGGAGGACAUCCAGAUCCUGGAGUCGCGCCAGCAGCAGUGUGAGGAUCAGCUUCGCCGGGCACCAACCCUCAGGCUGUCGCGCGAUGUCGACAUCCUCACCGUGGAGACGGUGGCCGAGCAGCUGGUCCUGUUGCUGAACAAUGUCUUCCGGAGCGUGGUCGCCGCCGACGUUGUCCACCUGGCCAAGGUCCUGGGCGACGCGCAGCUCUCCUCGGCCAGCAACACGGCCAUCCCGCUGUUGGUUUUGGCUCGGCACAUCCGCCGGUGGAUCCAGUCGGAGAUCCUGCCCAACCUCAUGCAAGAGCCGGGGUCCGCGUCUGCCAGCCCCAAGGGCCGGGGUGCCAUCAUCGACUUCUUCUGCCGGGUGGCGGUGCAUUGUUACUACAGCCUGUCCUGCUAUGAGGCCUCGGCCAUCGUGUCCGAGGCGCUCCUGUCGAUCCCGAUCAAGCGCCUGAAGAAGUCCUGGUCCUAUGUCAACCCGAAAACAAGUCAGGCCUUCUAUGCCAUGCGCGACCAGAUUUCCAUCGAGACCAACUACGCUGGGCUUCGCCUGGACUUGAGCCAGGCCCCGCUGCCGGUCCAGCCCUACAUCGGCAUGUACCUGCAUGACUAUUCGCUGGCGUCGCUCAGCCAAGAUGAGAUGGUGUCCUUCUCGGACCAUCUGGGCCGGCUGCAGCAGGUCCCCUAUCACCAGCUGUCGGUGCAGCUGCUGGUGCAUCACUACAUCCUGACCCGGCCGACGACCAGCCCUCCGACGGCCGGGGGCUUGCCCUUCAACUUCGAGCUGGACAUCUACCGGCGGUCGAUCGUGGCCGAGGCCCUGAACAAGGGGGAGACCGACUACUCGCAGUCGACCCUGGCCAAGAGUGGGUCUUUCAUUUCGGACGAAAUUUACGAGUCUGUGCUGGGGCGGCUGGAGCGCGCGGCGGUGCCGGCGGCGGCUCCGGCCCCGGCGCCGGGGUCCUCGCCAUCUGGGCCGGCGCCGGCCGACGAGCCGCCGAGCCAGCCACUGCCAAGCUGGCUGCUGGGUGCGACGGCCUCGACAUCGCCGAGCGCCGCCGGCACCGGCCAUGCAUCGGGCUCGUCGUCAUCGUCGUCGGUGGUGUCCGCGACUGGUGCCGCCGGGAAGCCGGCGUCCAGCACCGCCGCCACCGCCGCCGCCACCACCACCACCACGGCCGCCAGUGGCGCGCCGAAGCGCAUGUUCACCACGCCGAGGAUCUCCCCGCAUAGCAGUCAGCUGGGCAUGGAGCCGGCCGGGUCCAUUCCCAUGGAGCCCCUGCGUGAUGUGGGGAGCAUCACCCCGGCGGCGGGCUCGUCGCUGGAGGAGUGGAGCGAGCUCGGGUCCCCGGAGGCCGGGAAGCUGGAGCAGCUGGCGGCCGACGAGGCCGGGCUGGGGCCGGGCGAGUCGUCGCAGCUCCCCCCGCCGCCGAGCUACAGCCACUCGGCGCAUGGGUCGCCGCUCGGGGAUGAGGGGCACAUGGCCGCGUCUCGCCGGGCGGCCGAUGCCGAUGCCUUCGCCGCCGGGGGAUCCACCGCCGAGGCUCCGGAGUUGGAGAUGCUCCUGGGGCCGUCGUCCUCGUUGUCGAUCAACGGCGAUGCCGGCACUGACAGCGACGAAUAG